UGCCAGGCCAAGUCUAUAAAAACCCAAGUCCUCCCCUAACUGCACGACCAGGCUGAGAGGCAGCACCAUGCAGCUGAGUUUUAGUGGCCUGCGGGCUCUGGUGACAGGGGCAGGGAAAGGGAUUGGACGGGACACUGUGAAGGCCCUGCAGGCCUCAGGAGCCAGAGUGGUGGCUGUGAGCCGCACCAACGCUGAUCUGGUCAGCCUAUCCAAAGAGUGUCCUGGAGUGGAGCCCUUGUGUGUGGACCUGGGAGACUGGGAGGCCACCGAGCGGGCGCUGGGCGGGGUGGGCCCCGUGGACCUGCUGGUGAACAAUGCUGCUGUGGCCCUGAUGCAGCCCUUCCUGGAGGUCACCAAGGAGGCCUUUGACAGGUCCUUCAAUGUGAAUCUGCGUUCUGUGUUCCAGGUGUCUCAGAUCGUGGCCAGAGGCAUGAUCGACCGGGGAGUGCCAGGAUCCAUUGUCAACGUCUCCAGCAUGGUGGCCUACGUCCCUUUCCCCAGCCUGGCUGCCUACAGCUCCACUAAGGGUGCAAUGACCAUGUUGACCAAAGCCAUGGCCAUGGAGCUAGGGCCAUACAAGAUCCGAGUGAACUCGGUGAAUCCCACGGUGGUUCUGACGGCCAUGGGCAAGAAAGUCUCAGCUGACCCUGAGUUCUCCCGGAAGCUGAAGGAGCGCCACCCAUUGAGGAAGUUUGCAGAGGUGGAGGACGUAGUGAACAGCAUCCUCUUCCUGCUCAGCGACGGUAGCGCCUCUACCAGCGGCUCGAGCAUCCUGGUGGACAACGGCUACCUGGCCUCCUAG